CUUCGCUCUGCUCUGCUGCACUGCUUCGUCACCCCCUCGUCCCUCCUCUCCUACCCCACGUCCAUUGAUCUACGAUUACUGGGAUCUCGUUCUCUAAUUCUCCUCUUACCUCCCCCCCGACUCGAGAUUCUUUUCUUUUUACGGUUUCUUAAUAUUACGUCUUUUUAGUCCUUUUCUCUCUUUCCCCCCUUCCACCCCGGCUGGUUGAUGGGUCUUGCGUCUUGGAUCGCACAACUUCGUUUCUUUUGAGUGGUUCAUAAUCUCAUAUCCUUUCGCCAAAUAUGUCAAAUCGCCAACAGAUAGACUCCGUCAUCGACGAUGACGAUGAGUUCUGCCCCCUUUGCAUAGAGGAAUUCGAUCUGUCGGACAAGAACUUCAAGCCGUGUCCCUGCGGGUAUCAGAUCUGUCAAUUUUGCUAUAACAAUAUCAAAACCCAUAGCGAAGAAGGUCGAUGCCCGAACUGUAGACGACCUUACGAUGACAGUACCAUACAAUAUAAGGUCCCCGACGCAGACGAAUUCAAGGCCGACUUGGCGUUGAAGCAUCGAAAGGCUGCCGCCGCGAAGAAAAAAGAAGCGGAAAAGCGCGAGAUCGAAGCCUCCAGCCGCAAGAACCUGGCCGGUGUCAGGGUUGUGCAAAAGAACCUGGUCUACGUGAUCGGCCUCAACCCCACAAUACGCGACGAGAACCAGCUUCUGCUAACCCUCCGCGGACGAGAGUACUUUGGCCAGUAUGGCGACAUCGAAAAGAUCGUGGUCAGCAAGGCAAAGCCCGGCGGUAACCCCAACCAGGGUAUCGGCGUCUACGUGACCUACGCGAGGAAGUCCGACGCUGCGACUUGUAUCAUGUCGGUGGACGGGUCAGCGAACGGCGAUCGGGUCCUCAGGGCGCAAUACGGGACAACGAAAUACUGUUCUUCCUUCCUGCGUAAUGAGCAAUGCCACAACCGGAACUGCACCUUCCUACACGAAACGGGCGAGGACAGCGACAGCUAUAGUCGGCAGGACCUUUCUUCGAUGAAUACUCUAUCCAGCCAACGUUCGAACGGUGCCCCUAGCGGUCCAACUCAUUCCGUUCCUCCGCAUGUCACCCGGUCGUCGGCUCAGCCGCUCUCACAACCGAUGCGCCGUCAACCCAGUAAGGAUGAUGCUGCCGGCAGCCGUCCGCCUGACGGGUCUGCCUUACCAUCAUCGGCGAGCUGGGCCAACAAGGAUGCUCCGAUCAACCGCACGAGACGCGCCAGUUUGACCGGCAGUCAACCGUCACAAAGUCCUCGACCGGCGAGUGCCACGGUUGCGACAGCCAUCGAGGAGCCGAAGCGUGCCGACAAACCACCAGUGAACGCCCCCGGUCGCCAAACACCGUCACUGCCCAACGUACCGUCAGCUCCUCAAUCGCCCGAAGCACCUCCGCCCCCGUCGGAACCCGAAACCCCUUUGCUGGACAAUCUGAUCAAGGCCGUCAACUCUCCGGAGUUCAAAUUCAUCUUUUCCGCGGCUGGGCUACCGGCGGAGGAGAUCGCUCUUAUUGAAAACCACCCGUCGUUUAUCGAUCCUUAUGGGGGUGUGAAGCGCCGAGCCAUGCGGGAGAGGGCCGAGAAGGAACGUGCCAAACGUGAGCAGGAGCUGUUGCAGACGGCCACCGUGGAAGAAGAGAGCCGUGAAAGUGGGAGUUUGCAACUCGGUGGAGAGCCGGAUGAUCCUCAUCCUGUUAGAGGUCGCGGCAGUCGUGAGUCCCACGGCGCGAUUCAGCCUCCGUCCCAACAAGGCACAACCGACAACUCCACCGUUGGCUCGCCAGUUUCCGCAGCAAGCCAUCAGUUCCAAGGGCUUAACCUUGGUGGCCGCAGCCUGACUCCUUUGCAACAGCAACAGCUCAUGCUUCUCAAGUCCGCCAACAAUCAACAGGCCGGUAUCGUGGACCCGCUGCAAAGUGGGAUUAGUUCCGCCGCUUUUGAUCAAGCUCAAGUCCGGCAAGGUCUCUUGCAAAGCCAGAUGGCGCAGUUCAAUGCCUUGCAAGCGCAGAACCGGCAGAAUUCUCGAUUCUCUUUCGCCAACGAAGCCGGUUCUAAGAACCUCCCCAAUGUCCGCAUGCUCAACCAACAGGCGUCUUUGAUGCAGUCCGGGACACCCAACCCCUUGGCGGCCCCCAGUCCUCAACAUGGACUCGGCGGUAACUUCUACACCAGUGGCGUUCAGGGCCCUCCCCCGGGACUGAAGACAGCCGGCACACCCCCCAUCAGCGGCGGAGGAAUGUUUGCUCAAGGGCACGGAUUUACCAGUUCCAACCUUGGACUUGGCGGGAAUGUCGGAAAGCAGGAGGCCAACCCGGAGUUGAUGCGCGAGCUGCUGCGAGGCCGCAGUGGGACGAACCCCAGUGGACUACAGGGGCAGGAUGCCGCAAAGCGUGAGUUCAUGUUUCCUUUUCUCCAACAACACCAGACCCCCCCUCCCUUGACUCCUGCCAAUGGCCUUCUCAGCUCUUUCUAUGGCUCUCAGGCGGGGAAUCUCUCCGAGGCUGGGUCACAGAAGCAGAAGAAGAAGGGGAAGAAGCACAGACACGCUAACACUUCCUCCGGUGGAGGCGGUGUAGUAGAUCUUGCGGACCCGAGUAUCCUGCAGGCGAGGAUGCACCAGGUGGGUGCGAAUGCCGCUGCUGGGCAAGCAUUGUAUGGGAGUCAGGGUCAAGUGGACGAGGAAUUCCCUCCUCUCGGUGCAGCCUCCAAGGACAAACGCCCCGUGGACAGCUUUGGAUUCCUGGUGCGGUCGCAUAUCCAGAGUGAAUCCCAGGGCUCCGCCCGUGCCGGCACUCCUUCCCUUCCGCCGGGACUUCCUCUGCCUCACUCUCACCCGGCCUCCAGUCUCUUCCACAGUCCAUUGAACCCCUCCAGUCCGACCUCGUCGGUGUCCGUCCUUCCCCCGGGGCUGAACAUCCCUCUCUCGCGGCUGGGGACGCCGUCCCAGAGUCUCCAGGACCCGGCGUUCCGUGCCGCCUCUCCCGAUCUGAAGGACACGCCCGAGAUUGCGCCUCCAUCUCACCGCACGAAGAACGUCUCGGAAAUCUCCCUGGGCUCGCCGGUGCCGAAGUCUGCUAGCAAAGCUCGUUCGCAACCCAAGGAUGAUUUGACCGUUGCGGCCGAGAAGAAGGCCGGCAAGAAGGCCGAAGCAUCCACCCAAGACAAAGGCUCCUCGAAAGCCAAACCCAUGAAGCUGGAGCUGCCGCUGAGCACAUCUCACCCUCCGGAAGCGUCCUCGUCCAAGGUCGAACCCUCGAAUCAGGCAUCGUCCGGCCCGGUCCCAGCGCCUCCAUCUGCCAUCGGUUCUCGUCCCAACACUCCUUUGACUGCUGCCUCCCGCCUUUCUGACUCCUCGGCCCCGCGUCAGCCUCGUGUUCUGCGGGUGGUGGACACACCGAAGGCAGAGACUCCCCCUCCUGUUUCUGCAACACCCUCCCACUCGUCCCAACAGCCGGUCGUGGCCAAGACGCGUUCCCGAAGGCCCAGCGUUUCCUCCAUCAGCCGUCCUGACUCCCCCGGUGACUUCGGAUCAGAAGCGGACCUCUAUACUUCUGCGUCUGUGUCUCGUGCCAACUCUCCUCCUGCCUCGUCUCGGAUCGGUUCCGCUCCGGUCAGAUCCAUGACCAAGAGUCAGGUCAAGAAAGAGCGCCGCCAGAAAGCUAAAGAGGCUGAGGCCAAGAAGCAUGAAGAAGCCUCGGCGUUGGCAGCGGAACCAGUACAGGCACCCAUCAUGGGACGGAAACGCAAGACCAAGAAGGCCCCCACCAGCCAGACGGAGACUCCAUCCCCGGUGCCUGAGAGCGCCAAUGACACUGCCAAACUUGCCGCCCCUAGUCGAAAUGACAGCGGUGACAAGCUUGAUCAAAAGACCGAGUCCAAGAAGAGCAAGUCUAAAGAAAAGGAGAAGGACCAGAAGCCUAGCCCCGUGGAAGUGAAGGAACCUCCCACCCCGAAGAUCGAGGCGUGGCGCUCGAACAAUACAGUGGAGCAAUUGAUCAAGGAUUCCGUGGCCAGUGGCGUUCCACCUAAGGAGCUCUUCGCAGAACGAACGCUGCCUCUGCCCAUGUUGCUCGCCGAACUGCACAAGUCGGGCAAACUGGAUCUCAAUACUCAUCCUCUUUUCAACCCGCCUCACCUCAACCAGCGUGUGGACAUGAAGUGCCAUGCCAACGACUACGACAUUUUGAAGCAUCCGUUCGAGCUGACCGAGGAGCAUCGCAAAACCCUGCUGCGCGGUGAGCCCGUUCGUCUCAACGCUGAUUCCAGCCUGCUGAAAUAUCGAUGCCUCAUCACCCCCCGCGGCUGUGUUUUGCGCCACUUGUCCCGUGAGGAGGAGGAUCGCUACCUGGAACUUGAGAAGAACUCUGCCACCGAAAGCGAUCCUUUCCAGGAAUACCCUGCCGAGCUAGUCACCGAACCCGAUCUUACCAACCGCAGCGGUGGCCUUGAUGCGCUCUUCGCCACGCCCGAGAACUUCAAUAUCUGCUGGGUGGAUGAAACUUCGGCUGGUCUUACCUCGGCGUCGCCUACAGCCGGCUUGUCCGUAUCGGAGUCCUCUCUCAUUUCCGGCGCACCUGCUCCGCCCAAUGUACUUUCAGCCAUGGAGGCGGACAGCACUCGCAGCCACAACUGGGCCAUCGCCAAUACUGCAGAGUUGGUCAACGCUACGGCAACCUCGGUGCGAUCGUUUGCAGCGGCCACGGCUAAGCAUAUGCUCGGGGCGGCGGGCGUCGUCGUGGGCAGUCUCCCGGAUUUGGACGACGUGGUGGGCAUGACCGACGAAGAACUGCGCUCGUUUGCCGUCAAGUCUCAAAAGGAAUUGGAGACAUCGCGGAAGGAAUUCGACUCUAUUGACAAGAAACUCAAUGCGUUGGUCAAGCGCAACAAGAAGCUUGCACAGCAGGCUCUGGCAUCCAACUGAACGGCUUUCAGGUUGACUCUCAUGGAUACUUCCCCCGAUGAUCUGUAUUCUUUUACGAUAUGAACUUUGUACAUCACGCAUUGUUUUCUUAUUCAUGUAUCUUAUCGUGGUUUCAUUCCUUCUAGUUGUAUGUGUAUAGUUACGAAGCCAGUGCUUAUUCUACUUAUUCUGCAAGGUGUUUAUGGGGCAUCAAUUGAACAUUACCUCCUAAGG